AUUAAAAAGUUCGUUGGGGUAGUUCGUAAGUUGUAUCCAUUUCUUUCUUCUAUUUUCACACGUUAGAUUCUGUUGAUAGUUGAUCAACUAUGUGCCUCCUACAUACUACUAUAUAUCCUUUUCUCAACUAUAAAUAAAUACAUACUUCCUUAAUAUAUCCCACAAAUUUAGGCCCUUCUAGCUAGAGCUAAUCUCGCUAAUUUUACUACAUUCUUGUGUUGAAGAUGUCUAACCAAACUAGGCAAAACACAGAAGCUAAUGGCGCAAGCCAUGAGUCGAGUCUUAGCUAUAACCUUCCUAACUAUAUACAAUCAGUUCGAUUGAAGUAUGUGAAAUUAGGUUAUCAUUACUUGAUUUCAAAUUUUGUGUACCUCAUGUUAGUCCCUUUGAUGCUUACGAUUUUAAGUAGCAUACAUAUUUCGGUACAUUCAUUUCACGAUCUGGUUCAAUUGUCACUAGACCUUGUCAAGUACAAUUUAGUCACGGUGUUUAUGUGUACGGGCUUGUUAGUCUUUCUAGGCACACUCUACUUCAUGAGUCGACCUAGAACGGUUUAUCUAGUUAACUUCGCUUGUUACAAGCCUGAUGAGGCUCGAAAAGUUACUAGAGAAAUUUUCAUGGAUAGAACAAUUAAACUCGGGAUUUUCUCCCAAGAAAAUAUGGAUUUUCAAAAAAAGAUCCUAGAAAGGUCGGGUUUAGGUCAGGAAACGUACUUCCCUGAGGCAUUGAUUCAGAUGCCGCCUAAUCCAUGCAUGGCGGAGGCUCGAAAGGAGGCCGAGUUAGUCAUGUUUGGAGCCAUAGAUGAACUAUUGGCUAAGACUAGGGUUAAGGCUAAGGAUAUAGGUAUUUUAGUGGUGAAUUGUAGUUUGUUCAACCCUACACCAUCUUUAUCAGCCAUGAUUGUUAACCAUUAUAAGCUUAGGGGCAAUAUUUUGAGCUACAAUCUUGGUGGUAUGGGUUGUAGUGCUGGCCUCAUUUCCAUUGAUCUUGCUAAGGAGCUUUUGCAGGUGCAUGGCAAUACCUAUGCUUUAGUAGUAAGCACAGAGAACAUAACACAAAACUGGUAUUGGGGAAACGAUCGAUCCAUGCUAUUAUCGAACUGUCUAUUUCGUAUGGGUGGUGCAGCCAUCCUCCUAUCGAACAAACGAUCUGAUCAUCGUCGUUCAAAGUAUCAGCUAGUCCACACCAUAAGAACACACAAAGGAGCAGAGGAUAAAAGCUAUACAUGUGUUUAUCAAAAAGAAGAUCAAAAUCAAACCAUUGGUGUUUCCCUUUCCAAAGAUCUAAUGGCUGUGGCUGGUGAAGCCUUAAAGGCUAACAUUACAACAUUAGGCCCAUUAGUCCUUCCUGUGUCCGAACAACUCUUGUUUUUUCUCACAUUAGUGGCACGAAAAGUGCUCAAAAUCAAACAUAUUAAGCCUUAUAUACCCGAUUUUAAGCUUGCGUUCGAUCAUUUUUGUAUUCAUGCUGGUGGGCGUGCAGUGUUGGAUGAGCUCGAGAAAAAUCUCGACCUCACAACAUGGCAUAUGGAACCGUCAAGGAUGACUCUUUAUAGGUUCGGAAAUACUUCUAGUAGUUCGUUGUGGUAUGAGUUGGCUUAUACCGAGGCUAAAGGGAGGAUUAAGAAAGGUCAUAUGACUUGGCAAAUUGCCUUUGGAUCUGGAUUUAAGUGUAAUAGUGCUGUUUGGCAAGCUUUGAGGACUAUUAAUCCUUCUAAGGAAAACAAUCCUUGGAUGGAUGAGAUUCAUAAAUUCCCUGUUCAUGUUCCAAGAUUUACACCACUUAACAUGUCGUCCUAAGUUUAUAUCAAUGUUUUUUUUGUUAUUCGAUCAAAGUAAAUGAUCGAAAGAUCAGGAUGAUGAGUAUCUUGCAUUCCAGUGUAUUUAUAAGGCGAUAUUUUAAUUAUAAUUAUUAUUGUGUAGUUUAGAUUAGGGAAAUAUAUAUUGAAAUAGGUUAUAUUUGUUAUUCUUUCAUAUGGGUUCAAUUAUUAGUAUUAAUGAAAAAAUUAAUUUUAAAGCUGGCA